AUGAGUUCGGAAUCCUGGAUAGCACCAUUCAUCCAGCAGGUGCUGCCAGUCUACCUGGACCAGACCAGCCAGGAUGAUAUUGAAGUGGAAGAUAAUGGGACCAGUCUAAGCUUCCGACGCCAAAAUCAUGGGCAUCACCAUACAGCAAUUGUGUUAGAGUGGGGUAUGGGACCCUCGGAUGACCGUGCAGUAUUGAUGGAUACCGAGCUCCAGAUCGAUACCAUUAUUUCCACAGAUCGACUACCUGUGUACAAGCCUGAUCUUACAACUACAAAUCCGAUACCUGCCAACCCCAAAAGGCGUUUGAUCAAACUUCUAGACUUUAAGCUAGUCGUUACUCAUACAACAUACCCACCCGAUGUUGAACUUUUCAUCAAUGAUUUCCAAAUCGAAUGGGGCAAGGAAGCCAGUGCAUUUCAACCAAGGAAGAAGAUUCGAAAGGACAAAAACAUCAAGGCUUUGUUGGGCAAGGUAUACGACAAGGCUCAAGGCUUGUCUAAGGCUGUCGACUCUACUAAACCCAGGACCUCAACAUCGGGAGUUUCCGGUCAAACGCCGAAGAAAUCUCAGGGCGAUCCCUUGAAUAGGGGCAUGGAAUCCCAGCAGAUCUACUCCCAAGUGCCUCGCGAUCCGCCUUGUAAUCCCGAUCACUUAGAAUACACGUCGAAGGAAGUACCCGCUCGUUCAUAUGGGGCAAUGGAGCUGCUCAAGCAUCUUGGGCCCAAAUCUCUUCUAACUUCAAAUAAGAAGUCACGGCAUACUACCCAAGAUCAAACUGUUCCGAAAGGCCCGGAAGAGGGUGAUCCUGACACUAGGCGGAACACACGGCAAAUCGAGCCAAUCUCGAAAGCAGAUAAUGGCUCGGCAAAGGCCAAAUCGCCAAUCUUAAACCGCUCCCCGGAAUCAACUUCACGUCAAAGUUCUAUUUGUUCUCAAGUUAGGAAUGAAGACGAGUUACACACAAGUCCAGGUGCCCAUGGCUCCCCUAUACGAACUCAGGCAAAUAUUAAGGCAGUGUCACCUUCAUGCAACGUGAUGCAGUCUCCCCUCAAGAAGCGACAACGAAAAAGCUCGGAUGGACUAUCUGAGUCAGGCGGUGAUGAGGACAAGAGCCGCAGGUCAAGGGAGCAUAUCCCGGCUACGAAGAAGCAAAAGUUGGCCAAAGAGACGGAUAACUUGGCUCAAUUUGAUCCUGAGGAGCCAGUCACUGUUGUCCCUAUUCCAAUUUCUUCUCAUAAGUCUGUGGUACCCCGGUCCAAUCCGUGGGAGAGUAUCACGGAAGACGAUUUCAAUAUUCCAAAAGACCAGCGACAGCUUCUUGAGAGUGAUAGUAUAUGCUGGGUUCCACCCCGUACAGGUGAGCCCAUGCCCCAAGGGCAUGUACCACCCUCGCUACUAAAGAUGUGGAAUAAUUAUGUGGAAAGGCGCCAUCAUGUGGCGGAAGAGCGUAAGGCUAUCUUAGAAAGAUCCCUCGCCACCCCCCAGGAGAGUGACACCUCGUCUGUCGCUAGUGACUCGACUGAGCAUUAUAGUGAGGAGUGGAAUUCAUCUCCUGAACCCUCUCCACGACUUCCUCAUAACGACCUUCCUCCGUCUAGCCCUGUCGUUCAAAGGGCCAGAAGAAAGCAACCAAGUCCUAGCCCGAUAAAUGACAUUAUUUCCAGUGGACUUGAACAAGCCAACAAUGCAGUCGUCCGAGAUCUUCCGAAAGCAUAUAGAGCCGAGAGCUCUCAGUUUCCGGGGCAAACCGCAACGGGAGACAGGCAAAUGUCGGAGACCCCAUCUGCUCGUUCUGGCUCCUCAGACAAUGAGGAAGUGAAUCGUCAAAUCCUCUCGCAACUAUCUGUUACUCUAGCGCCGCCAGAAGGAAUAAGUUUGAGAUCACCCACUCCUUCCACCAAUCUGAGAACCACUGUCGAUGCGCAAGAAGAUGAUUCGGAUGACGAGUCUGUAAUGGACACGUCCGUGCCUUUUGCGCUCGGAGAAAAAAUUCCAGACCCCACACAGUCCAGUCAGUUUGGAGAGGGCCUGACAAGCUCAGGUCCAUCCCUUCCCGCUGUGAAUGGAGAAUCUGUGCAAGUUGCGGUCACCCCAGUCUUGGGAUGCAAUAGACAUCACAAUUUGAAUCCAGAGCCACGCGAAGGCGGGCUCCCGAGCUCGGAUCCGUCCUCUUCUCAGAUGAAAACAUCCUCUCAACCCCUUAUUUUGGAUACAUAUCCGUUUCAUACAACCCAUGAACAGAGUCAGUCUUCUCACGAAGCCCCAACUCCCUCUGGACAGGGCCAAGAAAGGGUUAUCCCUGUGGACGUCCCUGGGACCCAGCUGCCAGCUAGCAGCGUGGCCUCUCCAUGGAAAUCACAACAGUCGCAGAAUGUCACAAAUAAUUAUCAGUCAGAUAUUGUGCUUGAUUCCUCAGGGCCAGCUCAACGUCACCAAGACUUUUCUGUUUCUGCGACUCGGCCAUCGCCGAUUGCAUUAAAGAACGAUCAUGGACCCACUGAAUCCCAGCAAUGUGAGCCAACCCGAAAUCCUGUGACAAUGGAUCAUGCUCCAAACGAGCCCGCGCGUUCUCAGGCCCCUCUUUCCUCCCUCCCACGCAUUGAUGACCUUCGUCCAACUCCAACCGACCAAACCAAUCAAUCACCGCAAGGAGGGUCUCAUAAAUCUCCACGAGACAUCGAAGAAGACGAUGUCAAAGAUAUUAAUACUCAAAGCUCUUCCUUGGUAGCUCGCCGACGGGGUUUCGUCAACAAUACAGAAACGUACGCUGAAGCCCGGGAAGUAUACCGAAAGUUUUGCAGUGAUUAUCCCUCCUAUUCUGGAGAUUUUGAUCAUUUUACAAAAUUGUGUGGGAUGUUACAUGCCGUGCGCCAGCAAGGAAAACUGCAUAGGUCAUUUUUGUGGGAUGAUUUUGUCACCAAGCAUCUCACAAAUUAUCCUCGAUAUCUUGAAAAGAUCUCAUCACAGGAUUCGGAAACACUCAGCUAUGAAGAGUACUUUUUCGAGAACUUCUCACGGCCUUUCUUCAGGAAGCGUAGCUUGACAGCACGUGGGAUUGAUUUGGCAGCAUCACAAUUCACUCCCGAUGAAAAAAACCCUGUAGCUGCGAGCAAUUCAUCAAAUCCAGCUCCAGCACAUACCCGAGAUCCUGCUCUGGAUAUUUCUUUCACGAGCAGUCUAGUGGAAAAGUUUACAAAUCUUCAAGCCCAGUCAUUCAAUGGCCUCUCUCAAGCCGACACGUCUAUCCAAUUCCCUUACCUCAAACGCCCCGCAAACGCCUCUUCUCCGGAAAUCAAAUGCGAGGGAUCUGCAGCGGACCCCAUUUAUAUCGACAGCUCCCAGAUAUUCUCUCAAGAUGCCUUUCAAGUAAAGCCCGCCUCCAACACUCCUGCCUUGGAGUCAAACAGACAUUAUUCCACCCAGGUGGAGGCCCAAACUUCCAUCGCCCCAGUGAAAGUCGAAGCUGAAGUCGAAGUGGAAUCCCAAGUGGAAUCCGAAGUGGAGUCCGAACUGGAACACGAAGUUGAAGCCAAAUUGGAAGUGGAAGCGAACGACAUCGACAUCGACAUGGAGGAAAUUCCAGAAACCGACCCCGAGGACGUCGACCAGGAUGAAGAUACCCUCCACGAAACUGCGAGCGUUGAGCUAGGCGAUGAAACCUUCGUUUCUAGUAGAGCUCCGUCCCACGCAGAGGACAGGCCGACACCGGCCAUACUCCCUGAAACAAUCCCAGCUUCUCCAGAGAUUUGUGAGCCGGAAAGUGACAGUGAGAACUGGUUUCUUUCGCUUCAGCAUAUUCGUCCUAAAAGCCCGGUGUGGUCUGAUGGUCCAACGGAGUUCAAGCGUUGGGCAGAGGCAGACCUGAAUGUGAGGAGUGACCGUCUACACCGUGGAGGCUCCAAGGUCCUUCUUGAUGAUAAGGGUGUGGUUCGACGUCUGAUCCACCGUUGA